AUGCCCGUGGACCUGGCCGUGCGGCUCUGCCUGAGCCACUCACCCCCCAUCCGCAAGCUGCUGAACUCCUAUGAGGAGCUGCGGGGCAACCGGGGGUGCAAACCCCUCCGGUCCUGUCUCAACCAGAAGCUGAGUGCCGAACCCGAGCCCGAGUGGCGAGACAGCACCAAGAGCUCCAAGGGCCAGAAGAAGAAGAGAGUCGUGUUUGCUGACAUGAAGGGGCUGUCGCUGACAGCUGUCCGCUUCUUCUCAAAGAUCGAGGAGGACCUCUGUGACUUGCAGCACGCCCUGUCUGACCUCGCCUGCUUCCGACCUAAGCCGCGGGACUCACGCCCAGAAGUGUGCAGGUAUGUGCUGGACUUCCCACAGCCCUCUGUGGACUACGUGAGUUUCCGCAGCCGCCUACACAGCAACCUUGUCUGCCUGGAGAACUGCGUGAUUCAGGACCGUGCCCUGUCAGGGACAGUGAAGGUCAGAAACAUUGAGUACGAGAAGAAAGUGAUGGUCCGCAUCACCUUCGAUGGCUGGAAGAGCUUCCGAGACAUCCCCUGCCAGUACAUGCAUAGCACAUACAGCUUGGCUGACACAGACACCUUCUCCUUUGAGCUUGCCCUGCCCAAGCCGUCCAUCUCUCGCAGGGCCACAGAGUUCUGCAUCUCCUUCCUGUGUGGCCAGAAGACCUAUUGGGACAACAACCAUGGGAAGAACUACAAGAUCUGCCAUGUGGGCAUGAUCCGCCCUCCCUCCCACGCCAUGAAGAGCGCCAACAGGGCCUGGGAGCAUCUUGGCACCUCUCGGGCGGCCGCACUGGUCCUCUCUCACCUGCAGACCUGGCGCCGCUCAGAGACCCAGGCCCCGUAUUGGUAGGAGAGCAGCGUGUGGAGACUUGCAGGUCCCUUCCGCACCCUGACUGUGCCCCAGCGGUGUGGGGGGAGGGUUCAGCUGCAGAAGAUGCCGCUCACAGUGUUGUUGGCUCCUCUGUCGGUCUGGCUGACUGCUGUACGAGCAGCUGCCGGUCCCCACAGGAGCUUCUUCAGCGCUGGCCAAUGCCGCAGAGGUGUGAGCUGCUGCAUGGUGUGACCCUGGCCUGCUGGUCCUGGAGAGCAGGGCAGCGACAAAGGACACGUCUGUGGCCCUCAGCUGCUCCGGGCGGGAGCCAGCCCUGUGGUCCGCGGCCUACCGGUGCUGCCCAAGUGCCUUGUUCGGAGCUGCAGGGGUGGGGGCAUGCCCCCCCCCCCCUCCAUGGGCCUGGGGCCCGGCGGAGCCCGGGCUGCAGUGGCGGCUUGGGCCGCGCGGCCGGCGGCCCCGAGGAGCGCUCACGGGGGGUGCCGGGGCGGGGGCGGCUCCGGUGGUGGGUGCUGUACCGGGGAGU